AUGAGAGCCCCCAGCAUCAAUUCAGUCUUAGGCGAGAAGCUCCUUGAUGAUUCCUAUCCCGACGGAAGAGUGUACUGCUGGGCUGCCUUACCCCAUGGCCUUAUUGCAAAAGAAGCCAAAGUCAAGAUCUCAAACGACCAAAAAAAGGUGUACUUGCUAAUGGAAACAUCCUCUAUUACUACCAAUUCAAUCAUGGGGAGAACGACCUUGGGCAAGAACAACAUUCACAAAAUGCUCCUCAAUAAAGUUCUGCAAGAAGCUAAAGAGCAAAGUGCAAAGGAAAUGGAAAAGAUUUCAGAUGACAUUGCAAUGCCUCCAGGCUAUAGAGCGGAGUGCUUGUUCCAUUUACCAUACCGUGUUCACCGAUAUUUCAUUGAUGCAGAAGGUGAAAGAUCCAAGAAAAUAUAUUUUUCGCCAACAUCCAUGCGAUUUUGGCUCCAAAAGUCUGAUACAACUGCGUACUGUUCGGCUGCCACUCCAGAUGAUACAAUGCCUGAUGCACCAGAUCCAAUGCAAGUAGAUCCAAAGCAGGUCAAUACAAGCGAGAAGAAAGGACUGGAUCCACAAAUUGCAGAACAAAUCAAGGCAGAGGCAAAAAAGUGGAAGAAUUAA